UCUCUCACGAUCUGCACACACCACACACGCAUUCGAAUAGCUCUCAGCAGAAUGAACUGUUCUUCAAUCUCUAGCGAGGUGCCGGAAAGCCGGUGGUUUCGAGGAAGUCUAGACUUCUGAUCGUGAAGCGAUUAAUAGAGAGACAUACAUCGUUCUCAGGGAAAGAAUUCGCUCUACUUAGCUUUGAAAAAUCAUCCGCCCCUGUAGCAAAUCCACCAUAAUCAAUCUUCCGGUUUAAUCAAUCACUCUCAAUAGUCAUUCCAGUUGAGCUCCAAGCUCAUAUAGCGUGUGUUGCGUGAAAUGGCACCGGGAGGGUUAGAUGUCAGCUGCUCUACCUCAAAGGAAGAAGAAUUGCGGGCUAAUGUUGUUGUCGGCAUGGACCGUCUGGGAAUCGAUGCAGGAAUAUCUUCUAAUGGAAGCUCCCAGAGUAACAAGGAAGAUGACGAAGGUGGUGUGCAAAUCAACUGCUUUUCCGAAGAGUCGGACAAUGUAACUCUCCAUUUUCAGAUCAUUCGUCUUCAAAAACAGAUAUAUGCGUGGAUCGGUUGCAACUCAGCCAAAUUCGGAAAUUUAUAUGCAGCUCUGCCGGCAAGACCUAAAAACACAGUUAGUGUUACUUCCAUAAUUGGGGGAGCUUCUGAUAAUACAGGAUCUGGCAUUGCUCGUCGAUUAGUUUUGAAGACUGGUCUAAAUGUCAUAUUGGCUUGCAACAUUCCAAAAAACAGCCCCAUACUUGAGGCAGAUGCUGAGAAAAAGCUGGUGCAAAAACUAAUCAAUCUGGGAUACGCUAGGCCAAAAUCCAAAGGAUGACCUUAGUAGCCGAAAGCCGAGACUGGUAUGCUAAACAUGAAAGGUACAAUUAGUUUGUUUAUACUUUAUGGUGAUUCUGCUGGCACUGUGAUACCCACUAUAGCCCAGGAAGCUGCAACAAGGAGUUAUGGCACCAUUGAUGGAUCAUGCUAUAGUGUUUUACAUUCUGGUACUCCUUUUUCCAAUGAUCCUGUGCUUUAAAGUCCUGCUCGCGAUAAGUACAACUGUUGGUAACAAGGUCUUGUUACAUAAACUUUUACAAAGUUUAGUCUGUACGUUGGCUGCUAUAUAACUGAACCAUUGUUGGAUACUGUUGAAGCUCUCUUCAUUCUGACACAGGUCAUCAAUAUAAUUGCUCUAUAUUUGAAGGGUGCAACUGGAAUUGUUAGUUUGCUUAUGUGCAGUCUUUCUUAAGUUGUAGUGAUGUGCUUUUUGGAAAUGUGCAUGUUUUUGGGUUGAAAAGAAAAAGGUCCGUCACCCAUUGUUAGUCCCACCUAUGUGGGUUUCUUAUUGGAAGUGUUUCUUUUCUUCUUGGUCAUUUUGUGUGUUCCUAGGGUGUAAAGACUUGUCAUGGCAAGAGAUUCAUUGAGGUACCAUGUAGCAGCAAAUCACAACAAUGAACAAUCAGCUUGCGUCUCCGGCUAGGUGCCGGAAAGCCGGUGGUUUUGAGGAAGUCUAGGUUUCUGUUCGUGAAGCGAUUGAUAGAGAGACAUAUAUCGUUCUCAGGGAAAGAAUUCGAUUUACUCAGCUUAUUAAAAUCAUUCGCCCCUGUAGCAAACCCACCAUAUUCAAUCUCCCAGUUUAAUCAAUCACUCUCAAUAGUCAUUCCAGUUGAGCUCCAAGCUCAUAUAGUGUGUGUUGCGUGAAAUGGCACCGGGAGGGUUAGAUGCAAGCUGCUCUGCCUCAAAGGAAGAAGAAUUGCCGGCUAAUGUUGGUGUCGGCGUGGACCGUUUGGGAAUCCAUGGAGGAAUAUUUUCAAAUGGAAGCUCCCAGGUUAACAAGGAAGAUGACGAAGGUGGUGUGCAAAUCAACUGCUUUUCCGAAGAGUCGGAUAAUGUUACUCUCCACUUUCAGAUCAUAGGUCUUCAAAAACAGAUAUAUGCAUGGAUCGGUUGCAACUCAGCCAAAUUCGGAAAUUUAUAUGCAGCUCUGCCGGCAAGACCU